AGAAGUUGUCACCCCGGUUAGUCGUACUUAUAAGCUUAAGUUAUGUCCGGCCGUGGCAAGCAAGGAGGCAAGGCCCGCGCCAAGGCCAAGUCGCGGUCGUCCCGCGCCGGGCUGCAGUUCCCGGUGGGGCGGGUGCACCGGCUGCUGCGCAAGGGCAACUACGCGGAGCGCGUGGGCGCCGGCGCGCCGGUGUACAUGGCGGCGGUGCUGGAGUACCUGACGGCCGAGAUCCUGGAGCUGGCGGGCAACGCGGCCCGCGACAACAAGAAGACGCGCAUCAUCCCGCGCCACCUGCAGCUGGCCAUCCGCAACGACGAGGAGCUCAACAAGCUGCUGGGCAAAGUGACGAUCGCUCAGGGCGGCGUCCUGCCCAACAUCCAGGCCGUGCUGCUGCCCAAGAAGACUGAGAGCCAUAAGGCUAAGAGCAAGUGAAAUUCACACGAAUCUUUAAAAAAAGGCUCUUUUUAGAGCCACCAA